UUUCCCGUUUUCCUUGCAAUUAUCACCGCCAUUCUUCUUCUUCUUCUUCUCCUCCUCCUCUGUGUAUAUAUUGCAUCGUUAAUCUAUCUCUGGAGCGACCUUAAUUCUAGCUGAUGGAUUCAGUUGUGGUGUUAAUGGUGGUGGCUUUGGUGUGCGCUUCUCCUUGCCGAGGAUAUGUGUUCUACGUCGGCGGCCGGGGUGGAUGGGUGGAGCACCCUCGCGAGAGCUACGGCAGCUGGGCAGGCCGGAAUCGCUUCCAAGUCAACGACACGCUCGUUUUCAGGUACCAGCAGGGGAAUGACUCGGUGCUGGUGGUGACGGAGGCGGCCUUUGGGUCGUGCAAUGCGACCGAUCCAGGGCAGAAUUUCACCGACGGCAGCACGUCGUUCCGGUUGGAUCGCUCUGGACCGUUCUUCUUCAUCAGCGGCGCGGCUGGGCAUUGCGACAUAGGGCAGAAGCUCGUGGUGGUGGUGCUGGCCAUCAGGAACCACACGAACAGCAGUCCGCCGCCGGCGUUUCCCCCGGUGUCACCCACACCGCCACCGUUGGCUCCGUCUCCUUUGUCGCCCAGCGGGAGCACUCCGCCGCCAGUGUCACCGUUGGCUCCGUCUCCUUUGCCGCCCGGCGGGAGCACUCCGCCGCCAGUGUCACCGUUGGCUCCGUCUCCUUUGCCGCCCGGCGGGAGCACUCCGCCGCCAGUGCCACCGUUGGCUCCGCCUUUGCCCCCCGGCGGGGGUACUCCGCCUCCGUCUUCUGCGGCCAGUCCAAAAUUUUCGGUUGGGUUUGCGAUUGCUGUCAUGGUUUGGGGCGGUGCAAUUCUUGGAUGAGUAAUCAAUUAUGCGACGAUAUGAAUUGGUGUGAUUUAUAUUUUUGUGGUUUUGUAUGUUUUUUUUCUCCAUUUGAAACCGAAAAUUAUGAAUAAAUAUAAACUGGUCUAUAUAUAUACAAAUGCGCUAACAUUGUGCGCGGCCAG